AUGCUGCAUAAUCUCCAGGGGUUCAAGCUCUGCGUCAACAAGAUGUUCCCACCUGCUUUCCCCGGUGUCACCAUCAGGAAGCUAACCAGAUCGGGGUACGUCCCUGUAGAUAGGCCAACUCCGCAACUUCGACUACAUCGUAUAGUUCCCUCAACCCCGGAGGAACGCAAAGCCUUAAUGCGCUUUGCCUUCGCACUCAAGGGUAGUAACGUCAGCGUUCAGCCGGACCUCCCACUGGCAGAUCGACUGAAGUUAAAGGAAGCCCUCAAAAGCCGCAAGAGCAGGCGGCAACUGGUGAGCAAGGCCUUUGUCUUGUGGGUUUUUAGUUGGUCAGCCGCAAGUCAAAUUCCGUUCUACCAGUACCCCUCCUGGUGGCGUACGACCCAGGGCUGGUCAUGCCGAGUUCCUUCGGGUAGC